AAAGUUCAUUGCAGCCUUCUCAUAGGGAUCACAAGGGUGUUAUGUUCGAGGAGAGAAGCCAUGGGUCUUGCCUUGAUCGUUCUGUUCAAGAAAAUAUUGAACCCUUGAAUGUGAUUACUGACUUGGGAAGCCCACAAGUGAACAUAGAAGGUUCUGAUCCGGGUAAUGUUGCUGCAUUAACAGACACGAGAAUGAUAAGGGUUAACAAGGAAAGCAGUCAGCAACUUCCAAAUGGCCAUAGUCUUAAUCUCUGGAAAAAUAUUGAUUCUAAAGUAAAGUUUGGACUAAGCAGGGGGUCAUCACAGUAUCAGCAAAAUCUGGAUAGGAGCCCUCAAUCUUUUGAUUCAUCCAGAAAUAACUGCUUGGACACAGGAAUUUAUGUAGCAAAUAUGGAGGAGAACACCACUGUUAAGGACACUUCAAAUGACAGUUUUUGUUCCAACAUGUCUCACAAGACAUCCACCGGUGGCAUUAUGGACUAUGGCUGGCUAGAUGCAAACAAUCCACGGGCAGUAGAACAGAAGUCAUCUGUUCAUGGAACUAAAAAUCUUUCACAUAUGCAGGCUAUAGUCCAACAUGAUUCUCAAGGAAUGAAAGAUCCUGACCAAGGAUAUUUUUUGCAGUCAAAUUAUACUGUUCAUGCUGCUGCGGAGUCUUCAGAAACUGAGAAGGGUUGUUUUCCUGGCAUUCAAGUAGACGAGGUGCCCUCGAGAAGCUCAAGUUCUGGUUCUGCAACUGACAGAUCUUUUGGCAAUUUUGUGCCAAACAAGACAACUUCAAUCAGUCAAAAUAUGCUGGAGCAUCUUCAAAAGGUUGAUCAACCAAGGGAACCUGGUACUGAAGCACACUUAAGCUCUUCUGAACACAAUCAAUCAUCUGAAAUGCCAGAUGCAGAAACUUCUGAUGGAUCAGUAGGCCAAUUUCAGCAUUAUAGGCAUUCUGCUGCACAAAGUUUUGGUUUACAGGUAGGCCCCCCAUCUCAAAGGUUUACCAUUCCAGACCGUCCAGUUCUAUCUCAAAGUUCUCCGCAAGGACUUAAUUCUAUAAAGUCAGUUCGCAUGUCUCCUAAGGUAGGAAGGAAGGGUCAUGCCUUGUUGGGUGCAACAGCUUCUGUUCAGUCCUCAACUCAUGGAGCAUCCCGGGGAGAUAUCAGGAAUAAUAUUCCAAGUGUCUCUGGACAUACCAACCAUAAAGCCUCACCACAUAACAUCUCGGGAAAUGUUUCUGCGGGUUUUACCUCUGAUUAUCCUUAUUUAGAAAGUCAUCUUCAAAGCCUACUUGCUACGGAUGUGGGUUGUGGGUAAUCAAGCAUUACCAAAUAAACAUGUUAAUGCAUAU